GUGCACGUACCUGGUGUGGCACAGAAGGAGGCGAGUGAGCUUAAGCCCAGACGAGGAGCUUUAGGGACUCGGCAGGUGUUUUUGCGCGCGGUGCGGAGCCGCUCCUCAGAGCGGUUUGGGACAGGCAUCGUCCUCAGCACGGACAGCCCGGCUGCGCUGAAGGUGGGAACCCAGCAGCUGAUUCCCAAAAGCUUGGCUGUCUCCACCAAGACCAAGAACAACCCCUCCCGGCACCAGAGCUUCGGGGCGGCCGGGUUGAGCCUGGAGCCCCUGACCCCCAACCCAAAGCGGGCGUCCGUCCCCAACUUCUCCCUGGAGGUGGAGGUGGAGGAUGAUGGGGGGGGGGACCUGACGCGCAACCUCGCCUCGCUGAAACCCGUGUCAGAGGAGGGCAGCGCCCUGCCUGCCCGCAGCCCCGGCAGGAACAAGAAAACCUUUGGGCGGAGACGAGUGGAGAAACGUGGUGGCUCGUUCAAGGACCAGCCCCAGCUGUAUCAGGAAAUCCGUGAGAGAGGUCUGAACUCCGUCAGCCAUGAGUCAGAUGAGGAUUUGCUGGAGGAAUCCAUCCCAGAAGAGCCGUCCCCACUGGGUGCUGCUAUCGUGGUGCAGAGCUAUCGCCCGGUGCAGGUGACCUGGAGCCAGCUCCCAGAGGUGCUGGAAAUGGGCAUCCUGCAAAAGAUAUCCCCCGAAGAGCGCAAACGGCAGGAGGCAAUGUUUGAGAUCAUCACUUCUGAGUACUCCUACAUGCACAGCCUGAGCGUCCUGGUGUGCCACUUCAUGAGGUCGGAGGAGCUGAAGGAGACCAUGACUCAGACGGAGCAUCACCACCUCUUCUCCAACAUCAGCGACAUCCUGACAGUCAGCACGAGCUUCUUUGAAGACUUAGAGAAGCGACACCAGGAAAACCUCCUGAUUCCUGAUAUCAGUGACAUAGUGGAAGACCACGCCUCAAACCACUUCAAUCCUUACAUCAGCUACUGCUCCAAUGAAGUCUACCAGCAGCGGACACUUCAGAAGCUGCUAACCACAAACCCCUUAUUUAAAGAGACCUUGAAACAAAUUGAAAGGAAACCAGAAUGUGGAGGCCUGCCAAUGAUAUCAUUUCUCAUUCUCCCUAUGCAGAGAGUAACACGGCUUCCUCUGCUGUUAGAUACUGUCUGUCAAAAAACAAAAGCAUGCACUGCAGCGUACGGAGCUGCCACCAGAGCUCUGAAAGCCAUCAGCAAGCUGGUUAAGAACUGCAAUGAGGGAGCUCGUGCUAUGGAGAGGACAGAGCAGAUGUACACCCUGCAGAAACAGCUGGAGUUUGGAAAGAAGAAGCCUUUCCCGCUGAUUUCUGCUUCCCGCUGGCUGCUGAAGCGGGGGGAGCUGUACCUGCUGCUGUCGGAAGAGGUGGGCAUCUUCCGCCGAGGCACCGGCCGGCUCUGCUACCUCUUCUUGUUCAACGACGUCCUGAUCAUAACCAAGAAGAAGAGCGAGGAGAGCUACACCGUCAUGAACUAUGCCACGCUGGACCAGAUCACGGUGGAGAAGAUUGAGAACACGGACCCACCUUCCCCUCCUCCUGGCAAGACCGGGAGUGGUGGCAUGGCCCGCGGCACAGCCGGCGGUUACCUGCUCCGGGUGGUGAUGGAGAAGAACAGCGAGGGCAGGCGGGAGGAGAUUGUGCUGUCCGCAGAGACGCUGAGUGACCGGGCCCGGUGGAUUACUGCGCUGAUGCACAGAGAAAAGGAAAAGCCAGACACCACGCCUAAAGGAGAUCUGAGCCAAGUGGAGAUAACCCACGCCUACCUGGCUAAACAGGCGGACGAGAUUUCCCUGCAGCAGGCUGAUGUUGUCCUGGUGCUGGGUGGAGAGGAUGGCUGGUGCUGGGGUGAGAGGCUCCGGGAUGGUGAAAGGGGCUGGUUUCCCCAGUCCUGCGCUCGGCAGAUCACCAGCCGCACAGCGGUGGAGUGCAACGUCCGCCGGAUGGAGCGGCUGCGGAUAGAGACCGACGUGUAG